AUGCUUGGAACAAUUUUUCAGGAUUUUAUGUUGUGGCUUUUUCUGCUGAUUCCCUGUGACACGUCGUCGACCUCUCAGCGAUUGUCGCCGUCCAAGCAUAAGACGGUAGGUUGGGAUAGCGCCGGUGACAAAAUCGCAUCUGAAAUGCUUAGCAAUUCUAUAAACUUCUCGGUCGACCCAUGUGAGGACUUCUUUGAAUUCACUUGUGGGAACUGGAAAGCCAGGCACCCAAUUCCAAGUUAUAGGUCCAGCUACUCUCAAUUUAGCGUUCUCCACGACAAAGUUCAAGCAAAAAUGAGAGAAAUCUUCGAAUCAGAAGAGGUGUUCCCGUCGAAAUCUGUAACUGCCCUAAAGUUGAUGUAUCGCAGAUGCAUGGACCAGCACGAGCUUAACCGAAUUGGUGCAAGAAAAUUGAUAGAGUCAAUAAGGAACUUUGGGGAGUGGCCGAUGUUGGAGGGAAACAAUUGGCGUGCUGAUCAAUUUGAUUUGACAACACUUUUUUUCAACAUCGCAGCGGUCAGAGGAGUCCAUAUUUUUAUAGACAACUACCUCACGAUCGACAACAGAAACGUUUCCCGGAGAUUGGUAGAGGUUAAACUAUUUCAUGAGGACGUCGGUCUUCCUGUAAAUGGAAGUAAAAUUGCAAACGAUGUGGAUGAGAUCAUCGAUCUCGAAACCAAGAUGGCGCAAAUCCUCGUGGCUGAGAAGGAUCGAAGAAACUACACCAAAAUGUACAAUCUGAGGCAUCUCAGUGAACUGCAAACACUUAUGCCUUUGAUUGACUGGUACAGAUAUUUCCCUGCUGUUGCUCCAGCUUUCAUCAAUGACUAUCUAGCUGGUAACCCGAAAAUGCUCAUAAUAGAAAUCGACUACAUGAGAAGAGUCAACCGUCUGAUCAGCUCGACUGAUCCGAGGAUUAUCACAAACUAUGCCUACCUUCGGUACACCCUCAGUUGGAGCGGCGAGCUCGGCAUGCGAUAUGAGGACAUCUACCAGGUUCACAAAAAUUCAGUUGCCAAUUUUGCCUGCGAACACCUUUUGCUUACGAAAAAUCCUGUGGUGUAG